AUGGGAAGUAUAGACGUACCAGGCGGAUUGGUCACCGGAGGCCCAGUUGUUGGCCAAUUCGAAAUCGUUGUUCCCGAAGGCGUUAUAGGAGACGAAACUGUUGAUCCAGGAGAUCCUGGGUCCGAAUCAGUUGACCCGAAAGAAGCGCCUGAAGACGAGGCUGUUGAUCCGGAAGUUGCGCCUGAAGACGAAGCUGUUGAUUCAGAAGGAGCGCCUGAAGACGAAGCUGUUGAUUCAGAAGGUGCGCCUGAAGACGAGACUGUUGAUUCGGAAGGAAGGCCUGAAGACCAAACUGUUGAUCCCGAGGUUGCAACCGAAGACGAGGCUGUUGAUCCGGAAGGAGCUCCUGAAGUCGAAGCUGUUGAACCAGUAGGAGCGCCUGAAGACCAAACUGUUGAUCCGGAAGGAGCGCCUGAAGACCAAACUGUUGAUCCCGAGGUUUCGCCUGAAGACGAGGCUGUUAAUCCAGUGGUAGCGCCUGACGUCGAAGCUGUUGAACCAGUAGGAGCGCGUGAGGACGAGGCUGUUGAUCCGGUUAGAGCACCUGAAGACGAGGCUGUUGAUUCGGAAGGAGCGCCCGAAGACCAAACUGUUGAUCCGGAAGGAGCGCCUGAAGACGAGGCUGUUGAUCCGGAAGGAACAUCUGAAGACCAAACUGUUGAUUCGGAAGGAGGGCCUGAAGACCAAACUGUCGUUCCGGAGGUUGCGCCUGGAGACGAGGCUGUUGGUCCAGAAGGAGCGCCUGAAGACGAAGCUGUUGAUUCAGAAGGUGCGCCUGAAGACGAGACUGUUGAUUCGGAAGGAGGGCCUGAAGACCAAACUGUUGUUCCGGAGGUUGCGCCUGAAGACGAGGCUGUUGAUCCAGAAGGAGCGCCUGAAGACGAAGCUGUUGAUUCAGAAGGUGCGCCUGAAGACGAGACUGUUGAUUCGGAAGAAGCGCCUGAAGACCAAACUAUUGAUCCCGAGGUUGCAACUGAAGACGAGGCUGUUGAUCCGGAAGGAGCUCCUGAAGUCGAAGCUGUUGAACCAGUAGGAUCGCCUGAAGACCAAACUAUUGAUCCGGAAGGAGCGCCUGAAGACCAAACUGUUGAUCCCGAGGUUUCGCCUGAAGACGAGGCUGUUGAUCCAGUGGUAGCGCCUGACGUCAAAGCUGUUGAACCAGAAGGAGCGCCUGAGGACGAGGCUGUUGAUCCGGUUAGAGCGCCUGAAGACGAGGCUGUUGAACCAGUAGGAGCUCCUGAAGACGAGGCUGUUGAUCCGAAAGGAGAGUCUGAAGACCAAACUGUUGAUUCGGAAGGAGCGCCUGAAGACCAAACUGUUGAUCCUAAGGUUGCGCCUGAAGACGAGGCUGUUGAUCCGGAAGGAGCAUCUGAAGACCAAACUGUUGAUUCGGAAGGAGCACCUGAAGACCCAACUGUUGAUCCCGAGGUUGCGCCUGAAGACGAAGCUGUUGAACCAGUAGGAGCACCUGAAGACGAGGCUGUUGUUCCGGAAGGAGAGUCUGAAGACCAAAAUGUUGAUUCGGAAGGAGCGCCUGAAGACCAAACUGUUGAUCCCGUGGUUUCGCCUGAAGACGAGGCUGUUGAUCCAGAAGGAGCUCCAGAAGGCGAGGCUGUUGAUCCGGAAGGAGCUCCAGAAGGCGAGGCUGUUGAUCCCGAGGUUGCGCCUGAAGACGAGGUUGUUGAUCCGGAAGGCGCGCCUGAAGACGUAGUUGUUGAUCCGGAGGUGGCGCCUGAAGACGUGGCUGUUGAUCCAGUAGGAGCGCCUGAAGACGAAGCUGUUGAACCAGUAGGAGCUCCUGAAGACGAGGCUGUUGAUCCGGAAGGAGCGCCUGAAGACCAAACUGUUGAUCCGGAGGUUGCGCCUGAAGACGAGGCUGUUGAUCCGGAAGGGGCUCCUGAAGGCGAGGCUGUUGAUCCCAAGGUUGCGCCUGAAGACGAGGUUGUUGAUCCGGAAGGAGCGCCUGAAGACCAAACUGUUGAUCCGGAGGUUGCGCCUGAAGACGAGGCUGUUGAUCCGGAAGGGGCUCCUGAAGGCGAGGCUGUUGAUCCCAAGGUUGCGCCUGAAGACGAGGUUGUUGAUCCGGAAGGAGCGCCUGAAGACCAAACUGUUGAUCCGGAAGGAGCGCCUGAAGACGUAGUUGUUGAUCCGGAGGUGGCGCCUGAAGACGAGGCUGUUGAUUCAGUAGGAGCGCCUGAAGACCAAACUGUUGAUCCGGAAGGAGCUCCUGAAGACGUAGUUGUUGAUCCGGAGGUUGCGCCUGAAGACGAGGCUGUUGAUCCGGAAGGAGCGCCUGAAGACGAGGCUGUUGAUCCGGAAGGAGAGUCUGAAGACCAAACUGUUGAUCCCGAGGUUGCGCUUGAAGACGUGGCUGUUGAUCCGGAAGGAGCUCCUGAAGACGAGGCUGUUGAACCAGUAGGAGCGCCUGAAGACGAGGCUGUUGAUCCGGAAGGAGCGCCUGAAGACGAGGCUGUUGAUCCGGAAGGAGAGUCUGAAGACCAAACUGUUGAUCCGGAGGUUGCGCCUGAAGACGAGGCUGUUGAUCCGGAAGGAGCGCCUGAAGACGAGGCUGUUGAUCCGGAAGGAGAGUCUGAAGACCAAACUGUUGAUCCCGAGGUUGCGCCUAAAGACGUGGCUAUUGAUCCGGAAGGAGCUCCUGAAGACGAGGCUGUUGAUUCGGAAGGAGGGCUUGAAGACCAAACUGUUGAUCCCGAGGCUGCGCCUGAAGACGAGGCUGUUGGUCCGGAUGGAGAGUCUGAGGACCAAACUGUUGAUUCGGAAGGAGGGCCUGAAGACGAGGCUGUUGAUCCAGAAGGAGCGCCCGAAGACGAGACUGUUGAUUCGGAAGGAGCUCCUGAAGACGAGGCUGUUGAUACGGAAGGAGCUCCUGAAGACGAGGCUGUUGACCCCGAGGUUGCGCCUGAAGACGAAGUUGUUGAUCCGGAAGGCGCUCCUGAAGACCAAGCUGUAGAUCCGGAAGGAGCACCUGAGGACGAGGCUGUUGAUCCAGAAGGGGCGCCUGAAGGCCAAAGUGUUGAUUCGGAGGUUGCGCCUGAAGACCAAACUGUUGAUCCGGAAGGAGCACCUGAAGACGAGGCUGUUGAUCCGGAAGGAGCUCCUGAAGACGAGGCUGUUGAUCCAGAAGGAACGCCUGAGGACGAUACUGUUGAUCCAGAAGGAGCACCUGAAGACGAGGCUGUUGAUCCGGAAGGAGCACCUGAAGACGAGGCUGUUGAUGCUGUAGGAGCUCCUGAAGACGAGGCUGUUGAUCCAGUAGGAGCUCCUGAAGAUGUGACUGUUGAUCCAGUAGGAUCGCCUGAUGAUGGAAGUGAUGAGGACAUUGUUCCUGUAGUACUUUCUAAAGACGAUACUGAUAUUGCCGUAGCCGAUUCUGAAGAUGAAAAAACUCCAGAAGACAAGGAUGCAGACUGA